UCGAGAUGCAAACGAGUUGGGUCACGACCCCUGCGCAAGGCAAGUGGGCUGUAGCGUUGGAUCACAUUUCUCGCAGUGGAAGUUCCGUUUGUAUGUCUGACACAGAAAAGGACUACCUUUUAGGUCGUUGGAAUUAAAUACGGUGGAAGGAAAAUUGGAACAGCUAUGACAGAUGACAUAUUUAAAGCCCCCCGGAAUAGGAGGCCAAUAAAUAGGCACGAUUUUGAGCACUCUGUGGGUGUGCCUCCGAGUAAACGGAAGAAAACGAAGGAAGAUUUCUAUACGUUUUGUACUAUGAUAUUGGAAUAUACACAAUAUGAAUCACAUAGACAAGAGGAGUUACGUGCACAAAACAACAUCAGUCCUCUCGACAGUAGUGGCAGUACGGCGGAAAGCUAUUCCUCCGAUACUACCGUGUCAGCGGAGAGUCCAGGACACCUGGAACUGUCGCACCAUCUAGAUAUGGCUGACUCAGAUAAUUCUCAUUACAUGGAUGACGAUGCGGACAGCCAUUACAGAUACAGUGAUACAGAGUUUCCAGAAGCUCGUGGCAUGCAAGAUGAUGAAUCGUGGGAGUUGAUUACAUGUUUCUGUUUGAAGCCAUAUGCAGGCCGCCCAAUGAUCGAGUGCUCAGACUGUAACACGUGGAUACACCUGUCGUGUGCAAAAAUACGCAAAAACAACAUCCCAGAUACCUAUAUCUGUCAAAACUGUAGAGACUCCCGCUACACAAAACGGAAAUCAAACCGAAUACGGACUGAAAACAACAAAUUCAACGUAUAACCCUGGCCCAGCUUUUCUUGUCACGGCGUGUGCACGCCUGUGUGUGCACCUGACUCCUGUUGUGAACAUGUGCAGCACACGGACGUGUGCACGACCCAAUGUGUAUCUUUAAUGCAAUGAUUGUGAUAGUGAUAUUUGUUGAAUGACCUGUGUGUCAAGAUGUUCACCGAAUGGUGAAUGCUGUAAUGCAUGUCUAGAUGUUUAUUGAAUGGGCGGAUGUCACAGUGUAAAUGUGCGUACAUGUUUAAAGCAUGUAUGGGUUCUGAGAAUGAACGAGUUAUAUAAUAUAUUUUGUUAGUAUGUGUACGAUCUACAAAUUCAAUUUAUAGAUUUAUGAGAAUGGAAAGUUACCGACGUUGGAGAGUCUAUAAGAUAUAAAUGUGUAUAAGGGCCUGAAUGUGAUACAGAUAUCAUGAUUGUAUAUUGAUGUUUUUUAUUAUUUAAUUGUCGAUGAAAACUUGGAAAGUUUCAUGUUUUAUUACCGUUAAACAAGAGUUAAUGUUUUUAUCGUCUUGUCGAGACGGGUACAGAUCAUUUAUGGCUUGCGAACUUUUGUAAAUAAUGCAUUUGUUUUAAAACACUCUGUAGAUAUAACAUUCCAAAUACACUGUUGUGCUAGGUGUGAAGGUGACUUUGAGAGGACGUGUAUACACAACUGCAACCUAUCUAUUUCAAAUGAGGCUCUAUAGGCAGUAAAUCAAGUUUAAUUUUAUGUCCCUUGCCACAAAGUACAGGGGGCAUAUUUGCCUUUUCCAUCAGUUUGUUUGUACACAUGUCUGUAUGUCUUUGUAUUGGACUCCAUUACUGUAAUACUUCAAGUCUAACAGACAUCAAGCUUCAAUGUCGCUACAACUUGAGAAAUGGAAUUGAAGGCAAAGUCUAAACAAAGUCAGUGAAGCGGAAAAUAUAGGUCACAGUGACCUACACCAAUAUAUCAAAUGUAGGUCACUGUGAUCAUUAAUUUCCGCUUCACAGACUUUGUUUAGAUUUCUCCUUCAACUCCAUUUCUUCAGUUAGGUGUAGACAUGUUUUACAAUUAUUUGUUUAAAAUGUUCAUUCCAUGUAUACAGACAAAUCUUUUCUGAUGAUUUUUUCAAGCAUCUCUGAAUUAACAUAUCUUAUUAUAAAUAUUCCAAUAUAAUCAUUUACCAUUUGAAUUAUAAAUGAUUAUAAAUUGCAAAAAUAAAAAGUUAAAACUAGUUCCCCAAUACAGAGUAAUUUAUCCUUCAGUAAUUCUGAUUCUUCUGUUGGUGCCUGCCUUUUCUCUUAAAGACAACAAGUAACACAUAUGUCCGUCCUCUAACCUUUGUCCUAUUUAAGACAUUGAAAUGCAAGUGAUAUGUAUAUGUAUAUGCAACAGGGAUGCACUGGCGAUCUCGUGAGCUGUUACUCUUAAGUGUGUAAACCUGGUCAGCAAUAUCUGUUAGAGAGAAUUAUGUCAUAAUAUAUUUUUGAGUGUGAAACUAUCUGCCUUCAUCUCUAUAUGUCAAUUUGUCAACCUACGAGAGUGAAAUUAUCGGCGUUCAUCUGUGUCUGUCAACCUACAGGUGUAAAAAUCGGCGUUCAUAUUUGUGUCAAUUUGUCAACCUACGGGAGUGAAAAUAUCUGCCUUCAUCUGUGUGUCAAUUUGUCAACCUACAAGAGUGAAAAUAUCUGCCUUCAUCUGAUGUAUAUCAAUUUUUCAACUUUGGAUGUGAAAAUGUCUCUGCUGUCUGUAUGCAAUUUGUCAAUCCUAUCAUUCCUUCAUUAAAGAAAAUAUCUGUACUUAAAGAUUUGCUGUAGGAAAACAUAACUGGAAUUAAAGAAAAUUCCAUAGCUUCAAUGAAGUUUUCCUAAGAUAAAACUUAAUUUAAGAAAUAUUCUGUAAAUUUGGUUUCUAGAGUGUGAAAAUAUCUGCCUACAUCUGUAUGUGAAUAUGUAUCUGUUAACUGAAUAAUAUCUUGAUGACUUAGAAAAAGCAUAUGCAAAUGUGUAAAAACCCACAACAAUAUAUAUUUUCUAAAUGUCAAGUAAAAAUCAAUUUCAAAUUUGUUUUGCCCUUUUGUCUGAUUGAGGUAAGGGUCGACUGUGCGAUCUGUGAAGAUGUUUUACUGUAUUAAACAAUGACAAAAUUGAUCUCUUUUCUUAAUGCAUUAUUUUGUUUUUGUAAGAAACCAAAACCACAUGUAUAGUGAUCUACUUGUUUUGUUUCUUCCCAUUAUUUUUACUGUCGUUUAUUUAUUUUAAAAUGUGGAAUACAUUUUAUAACUCAUGUAUGAUGUAAGGGAGACAAUCGGGUAAAACUUUGUCCAUUGCUAUUUUCAAGCUACAGCAAUGAUAGCAAAAAUAAAAUCGGAUAUUGAAAGUUUUUUUGUUUUUGAAAAAAUAUAGAUUCUAUUAAAGAUGUUGUUUAUUUUAUUAGAUUCUAUAUUUUUUGCACAAUAUGAAAUAGUAAAACACAUCUAAAAUGAUUAUAUUUGUAUAUAUUAUAAAUGUCAUGGUGGGGGAGAGUUUGUUAGUAUAGGUAAUGUUUUACUGUAAAUGAGCUACACCCCACUUCAUGAAACAGUGCUGUUUUAACCUAAUACUGAAAUCCUUAUAAAGGGAUAGUUGCCAUGGAGACAUUUUACAUGUACAUAGGUUCAGAAGAAUUCCACAUGUUGUCAAUGAGGAUGUCACUUUUAUUUAUAACUUUGUUCUUAUUUUAACUCUGUAAUAUACUGACAAGUUUUCAAUUUUGAAGGAGUAUUACAAAGUGUUGUGGUACAAAAGGAUAUAUUAACUCAUUCACCCCUGAAGACACAUUUGAACGCCUCCAAUUCAAAGAUUGGAAUAGUUCAUUACAAAAUUUCAGGGGUGAUUGAGUUUAGGCAAUGACUAAUGUUGUUUUUCGUUUACGGAGAAAUGUUAAGGUUUAUAUUUUCAUGUGGAUCGAAAUUUUGUGGUUCUUGCAGUUACCCUUUUUCCACAAAAAUAAAAUUCCAGGAAAAUUAUCAAAAAUCCAUGCUUUAAUACAUAAAAGCAUAUUAUAAAGUUUUACAUUAAUUUUACUUGGUGAACAAAAAUUAUCCUGUGAAUUUGCUCAUUUUAGUAAAAGCACAGAUAUUCAGAACCAUGAAGAUAAAGACCUUUUACAAAAUUUCAUUAUUCAUUGUCAUAUUCUUGUGGAACGAAUCAUAGCAUGUUAUAUAAAAGUGACAAUAUCAACUUGAAAUGUGAUCAAUUGUCUGUCUGUACAGAAUGUAGAUAAAAAUUAGGAAAGAUUAUAUUUCAUUGAAAUAGACAUUAAACCAUGCAAUUUUGAGAACUUUAUUAGGUUUUGUUUAUGUUUUAUUUGUUAGAGAUUUGUAGUUUGAACAGAAAUCUAGUUUUGAUCAGUACUUUGAUCAGUCUGUUAACAAUAAUUUUCAUUAUUACAAAUAGGGGAGGCUGUCUGUCAUUUCAAAAUGUAUAACGGAAGAUGGGCAUUAAAAUAGGUGAAACUGCUUGCAAAUCAAAUCAAUUAUAUAUAAUCAUUCAACACUAAAUCUGGCAAUUCUACACUUAAUGAUAUAAGCUGAUAGUUACCGACAUAAAAUAAAUUUUGAAAAUCUCGCAAACAGGAUUUGUCAAAACUUUUGGAUGCAAAUUUGUGAUUAUAUGAUAUUAUUUUACUAUUAAGUUGGCAUCUCCCAGUGGUCCUGUAAAUAAACCAGUUCACAAAACCUCAGUUAGCAGAAUAUUGAUGGGCUAGAAGUAGGACUGACUUUAGUUAUCCCUAAAAGGCAGCUUGGUUUAAUAUGUGUGAAAGUAUGGAAUUUUUUUGAUUCUUUUUAUGCCUGAACGAAAGUAAAAUUGGUUCAAGUCACUUUCAAGAAUGAAAUGGUAUUGUAUGUGUAUGGAUAAUGCUGCAGAAUAUUGGGGCGAUGUUUGAAUUCAUCUUGACCUCUCUCUUUGAAUAAACAAUGAAAUUUUAUGUAGCUGACAAUGAAGUAAUACACACAGCUACUUUUCCAAAAUAGUUCUUUUAAUAAAAAAUCCCGGAGCGCUACUGACCUGACCAUAUGGAUAUCCUACCUUACAGAAAGAUACCUACACUAAGAAACAUGCUAUACAAACUUAAGGAACAGAAUUUGGGACUUGUUUAUAUAACUUACUUUUUUGGGUGUAACAAUACAUAAAAGAUAUGUGUGAUAAAAAUGGAUCAGUGCCCCUUUAGUUUAUGCUACCUUACACAAAUACAUUUGUAAUUUGUGUUGGAGUUAUCUCCCUUAAAAUUUGUUCACAUAGCAUGACGGAUAUUUCAGAAUUAUUUAUUGGAUGUUAUCAAUGCCUGUGUUCUGUUGUAAGUUUCAAAUGUUUCAAGUUUGACCAAGUCAAAUAACUAUCCAAUAUAGAUAGUUUAUAUGCUUUUUAGACUGGAAUUCUUUUAGAAGGAGGCGAUUGUUUUAUUAAGGUAGCAUAUCCCCUUAAGUAAUUCAUAUCUAAAAUGACAAAAAGUACUUAACGUUUGUUUGGAUAGGUAAAUGUGCAACUCCCCUUCAACACAUAAUCUCAUUCUAAACCCAAACCCAACAGCAUAUCCACUUCCUGCAUGACAUCACCAAGAAUAUGCAAGUAAAAGACAAACAUAAACUGUCAUAUACGUAGCAUAUAAGGUGUAUAGAAAACCUGUAUUACAUCAAUCCCUUGGAAGUAGUGACAGAUUACCACAUCAUUUAUAUAUAAAACAAUGUUAUAGAAAAAAGGAAACUAUCAGAAUAAUACCAUUAAUAUACAAGUAUCGUAACACCAAACUGUCUUGGUAACAUAACAAACGUUCGAUCAAGCUACAUUUGCAUCCUUAAUAAAACAAUAACUUUCUUUUACAGACCGGGUUUAAAGGUGAAAUGAGUAAGGUAGACAAGUAUGCAGUCAUUUCAUAUCAAGUGGAUGUAUUGUUAAUAAGCUUUUUAUUGGUUUGAAUAUUUCUCAAACGUUGAUCUACUAAAUAAGAAACGACUGGCUUUAGAGACCAAAAUGUUCAAUCUGUAUUUUGCAAACAUUGUUGAAAUAGCCUGUGUCAUUCUUGUAUCAUGUGGCCUAUCCAUAUUUGUGAGUGUAGAAAUCUGAUCCAUAUUAUAGCUUUUGAUUCAAUACACCAAAACAUAAUGGAUGUGAUCCAAUUCAUGCCAUUAUAGAGAUAAUUUUCCAGGGCAUGUUUCACAAUUUUCUUUUUUCUUCAAAGCACUUGAAAUUACAACAAGGAGACUAAGAAUUUGUGGAAAAGUAUUUGAGUGUGUGAAUUCCAUUUUGAAAUGUUACAUAUUUGUAUGUAAAUUGUGUGUUAUUGUGAUAAAAAAUGUUUGCAAUCUAGCAUCUAAUUCAAGCAAGUGAAUCAAAUUUCAAAAAGUAUCUCAAUAAUUCCCCCCCCCCCCCCCCCAAAUCUCUUUAAGAACUAUGCUUAAAUCUUAGUAGUUAUUAGUUAAAGAGGAAAGGGGCUGAAAGAUUCACACAGUCAUAGUGAAUAUUCAGAGUAUGCCAAUUAAACAUGUUCUUCCCUGUAAUUUCAUAAUGGACUAUUCCAACAAUUCAUAUGGAAGAGUUCAAAAGUGUCAUCAGGGUUAGGAUUAAGUGAGUUAUAUUUUGUCAAUUUCUCUCUAAGAUUUUUUUGUGGAACCAGGACCAAUCUUCAAUUUAUGAUCCUCCCUAGCCAAGGAUUUUAGUCCCAAUUUGCCUUUUACCCAAUUCGUAAACUUGGUUAGCGAGAGAUAAGCCACUUACGACACUGUGGUAAGCGUUUUUGUAUCUGAUGUGCAUUCAUUUUAAGAAUGUAACUAAACAUAGCCUUUUGCUAAUGAAAGGAUGGAUCAGAUUGUGAACCUUGUUAAAAUAGUACUAGAUUUUCCUUUACACAGUGUAAAUAUGUAAAUUUGUACAGAAAACAAAUGAUCUUAUUUUUUAAUUUGACCAUGAACCAAUUACCUAUCAUCUGUGUUAACCUUGUAUGUUUAAUUAUGGUUAAGAUUAAGAAACUAUUUUCAACAGAUUUAAGAUUAUGUAGACAUAUAAGCUCGAAAACCUACCGAUACACAUAACUCAUUCACCCCUGAAGACACAUGUGAACUCCAAUUCAAAGGUUGGAAUAGUUCAUUAUGAAAUUUCAGGGGUAUAUAAUUUUAAUAAGAGAAUGAUCAUCUACUUAAUUAAGGAUUCCUAUACCACUAUCAAAAACAAACUAUGCCUUGGAAACUGUUUUUUUCUUCUGAUGUGACAAUAGCUUUGAUAGAUCAUUUCUGAAAAGAGCUUUCAGAAUGGAAGGACUCUGUGGGGCUAGCCCUAGCCUUCAAAUUGUUAGACUAGGAUUCAAACCCUAGCCUUCAAAUUGUUAGACUAGGAUUCAAACCCUGGCCUUCAAAUUGUUAGACCAGGAUUCAAACCCUAGCCUCCAAAUUGUUAGACCAGGAUUCAAACCCUAGCCUUCAAAUUGUUAGACUGGGAUUCAAACCCUGGCCUUCAAAUUGUUAGACUAGGAUGCAAACCAUGGCCUUCAAAUUGUUAGACCAGGAUUCAAAUUCUGGCCUUCAAAUUGUUAGACCAGGAUUCAAACCCUAGCCUUCUAAUUGUUAGACUAGGAUUCAAACCUUGGCUUUCAAAUUGUUUGACCAGGAUUCGAACCCUGGCGUUCAACUUGUUUUCCUAUCACCCUAACCGACUGAGCUACCUGGUCAAUGAACGUGUCCUGACCUAACUGUGCUACAGUUAUCUCCAGAACGAAAAUAGGGGAGGUCACUGUAUAUACGAAAAACCACAGAAAAGUGGGACUCUGACAUCCUUAAAGACAUUUCAAAUGGUAAAAACAAUUGUCAGAAACUACAGAUUAAGCUAAAAAAUGUUUUGUAAAAAUGAUAUUCUAAGUAUUUGAUUUUAAUUGAAAUUAAUUAUGACAGUGUUACCAAACAUGUAGAAAGUUUUUUUUAGAUCAUUUUGAAGAAAAAUAUGUUUGUUACGAGUGUUAUUUGUUAUUUUCUGAUGAUAACCUAAAGUGCCCUUUGAUGCUUCAGAAAAUAUAUAACACUUGAAACGAUAUUCUGUCACUGUAUAGAUAUGUAUGGUAAAAACUGCCCAGAUAUGAAAUUUUCUACUUUGUUUUACAUAUCUGAAAUCAUGAGUUACACAAACUGUACAUAGUUUAGAGUUCUGUGGCGAUGUCAUGAGGUCCAUUAUGGGGAAUAAGAAUUCAGUCCUAUAUUUUAGCGUUCAGCUUAUGAAAAUAUUUGUUUCCCCCCAAAGUAAGUCUUCAGAAUGUUUUGUUGAAAGUCAAAUUACGUUUUUUGGCCAGCAUGCUGUAUGUGAUGAAUUUCAUAAAAUUUGUUCAGAAUUUUCCCUUUUAUUCUAGACAUCAAUUGACUGUUUUCCAGGAUUCCCCAUAUGGGGCCUCAAUUGGUCAUUAUAUGGUGAGGUCACAGUUCCUAUUUAUGUAUACCCUAAAGAAGGGCUUGUUAUAGAAAUGUUUGUUUUAAGCCAGUUUGUGUACAGUGGUCCACUUUCCCGAGGAUGUACUUAUGUUGUCGGUCCUUGGCGUGUGCCACUCCACAAUUUUACUGUUUACAUAAGAUAUGCAGUUUGUUGCAAUCUGCAAUUUGCAGUAUAAUUAUGUACUUAUUCUGUCUCUGUGCUGCCCACCCAGCAAGGAGUAAAUAAAUUUUGUUACAAAACAGA